GCAACACGAUCCAGCAACACCACGGCGCGCGCGCUCAUCUCCCAGCUUCGCAACCCUCCUCUGCUGCUUCGCCGGAUCCUCACAUCUCCGUUGGCAUCAACUCCUCCCCAUCUUCCGGGGCAUCCGCUGCUUCGCCGUCGAGUCGUCGACCAGCCCAAGCACAAGUCUGCUGCCUGCCUUAGCGCCGCCGGCACCCCCAAUAUCCCGUGUUUUGGGCGGAAUCAGGCUUUCCUUUUGUGAGAGAGCGGUGGGAGCGAGUCUUCGGAUCAAUUGCUUAUGCUACGACUCUUUUUUUUUUCCCAAAGGAGUAAGGAAGAAACGAUUCCUUGAAGAAUUCAGUAAGGCACUGAAUCUAUCGCAAUCGGUUGAUCAACAAAAGCAACAAAGUAAUGCCAACAAUGUUAAUCUUGCUGCCAUAUCUACUGCUAAUGGCAUUAAUAGCUUUCAGUGCUACUCCUGAGGCUGAGAGCACCUCUGGAUGCCCAGACAGCUGUGGAGGCAUAGCCAUCCAAUAUCCGUUCGGCAUUGGCACGGGCUGCUUCCGCAAGGGCUUUGAGAUCAUCUGUAACCAAAGCAUGAACAAACCGGUGCUUGCUGGCACCACGAAGCCCGUUCCAGUCAACUACCUCUCCAUCGGGACAGCAGAGGCCCGUGCGAUGCUGCCUGUGGCAUGGCAGUGCUUCAACUCUUCAGAUACAGUAUAUGCCUGGAGCGACGGCGAUGUUAAGUUCAACGAUGAAGAGGUGUACCGCAUCUCCGACACCAACAACCAGCUUGUUGUCAUAGGCUGCAACACCAUGGGUUACACCCAGAGCCAGCAGAGUGAGGGCAAUGACUACGACUAUGGAUACUACACCGGCUGCAUGUGUUACUGCAACAACUCUCGGAGCCCGAUGGAUGGCGCUUGUGCUGGCGUUGGCUGUUGUCGUCUUGACAUCCCACCGGGCCUCACCGACAACAGAAUGAGUUUCAAUCAAUACACCCGCAAAGGAAGGCUGGUCUACAGCCCCUGCGACUACGCCUUCCUUGUGGACAGGCACAACUACACCUUCCACACAGCUGACCUGAAGAUGAACAUCAACACUAUGAAGCCAGUGUGGCUGGACUGGGCCAUCCGUGACAACCUGACGUGCAAUGAGGCAAAGAAGGAUGCGGAGAGCUAUGCUUGUGUAAGCCCCAACAGUGAGUGCCGUGAUUCCUCCAAUGGGAUUGGGUACGUCUGCAACUGCAGCAUGGGCUACGAAGGCAACCCCUAUAUUGCAAACGGUUGUACCGAUAUCAAUGAGUGUGAAAGACAUCUAGAGUACCCAUGCAGAGGCGUUUGCCGGAAUACGCUAGGUUCGUACGAAUGCAAAUGCCGAAGUGGUUCCCACAGUGCUGAUCCGUUCAGUGAUCCAUGCAACCCCAAUUUUCCACUUGCAGCCAAAAUCGCUAUUGGUGCAAUAGGUGGAUUUUUUAUCGUAGCAGUUGCAGUGUUUGUCAGCCUUCUUUCCAAAGAGAAAAGGAAGAUGAAAGAUUAUUUUAGAAAGAAUGGGGGUCCUACUAUAGAAGAAGUUCAAAAGAUUAAGCUGUUCAGGAAGAAAGAGCUGGAGCAUAUACUAAAUAGAAGUAAUUGUAUUGGACAAGGUGGCUUCGGUGAGGUUUACAAGGGAUAUAUUAGAGAUGAAACUCAGCCAGUAGCAGUCAAGAAGCCCAAGAUUGAUGUUAAAUUAGCAGGCCAAUUCGCAAACGAAGUUAUCAUUCAAUCUCGAGUCUUGCACAAGAACAUUGUUAAGCUCAUAGGGUGUUGCCUAGAAGUUGAUGUUCCAAUUUUGGUCUAUGAGUAUGUGCCAAAUGGUAGCCUCGAUAGAAUUCUGCAUGACAGCAACAGGUUGCCUCUCAACUUGGAUUUACGUCUACAAAUUGCUGCACAAUCAGCAAAAGGUCUAGCUUACAUGCAUUCAGAAAUCACUACACCAAUUCUGCAUGGCGAUGUUAAACCAGCUAACAUACUUUUAGAUGAGGACUUUGUACCGAAGAUCUCUGACUUCGGUACAUCUAGGAUGAUUACCGUUGAUGAAAAUUAUGCCAGCACUAUCAUUGGUAACUGGGGCUACAUGGAUCCAGAAUAUGUGCUGACUGGCCUAUACACCAGUAAAAGUGAUGUCUACAGUUUUGGAGUUGUGCUCUUAGAACUGAUUACCAGGAAGAAGGCCUUAGAUCCUGACAACAACAUCAUACUGGGGAAUUCCCUUGACACUUACACAAAGAAGAAGAGAGUGAUUGAGCUCGUUGACCCAGAAAUCGCAGCAAUUGGAAACACUGGGAUUUUUCAUAGUUUGGCAGAAAUUAUUGUUCAAUGUCUAAGUAGUGAUGUUGAUCAAAGGCCUGAGAUGGCAGAUGUUGCAGAGCGCCUUCAGUACCUGCUGAAGUGAUCUCAGGGAAGAUACAUUGAAACGUGAUUUUCUGGUUAUUGGAUGCAUCUUGUAGUUUAUAAUCAUACUGAUGGAAUAAGAAAUGAAUACUUGGCUAAAUAGGGCCAAAUGUCCAAAGAAGGUUUCUACUUUCUAUUGAUCCAAUGAAACAUGCGAGCACGUGUGUGUGCCGUAACAUGUCAGGUGCUGCGUGUUAAAGAAAAAAGCUUCCAAGUGCCAUGUACAGUGUUGUAACUUGUCAAGUGUCAUGUAUAUAAAAGUUUGUUCCUUUGUUUGUGACAA